AUGAAUCUGGCGGCAGCGCUAACGGAAGCAGUGGAUGCGUCUUUCCCGCAUGUGGCCUUUGCUAUGGCAUAUGGCUCAAGCGUUUUUCAACAAAAGAAUCACAAUGCUAGUGCUUCUAUGAUUGAUUUAGUAUUCGCCGUCGAUGAUGCACAAGAUUGGCACAAACAAAACAUUGAGCGUAAUCCCAAGCAUUACUCUAUGCUUCGGUAUCUAGGUGCAGCCAAUAUUGCUGCUUUUCAAGAGAAUUUCGGCGCUGGUUUGUAUUAUAAUACGCUUGUUCCAUUGACGGGUAAAUUGCUGGGUACACGCCUUGUCAAGUAUGGCGUCAUAAGUUCUCAGGCAUUGUGCCAGGACUUGCAAUCGUGGAAGACGUUGUAUCUUAGUGGUAGAAUGCACAAACCUGUCAGUAUUCUUGUGACAAAUGAGUUGAUUAAAACGGCAAGCUCGAUAAAUCUAUCGCAUGCACUUAACUAUGCAUUGUUGUGCUUACCCGAGAAAUUCUCAGAACACGAUCUAUACAUGAAAAUUGCAGGAAUUUCAUAUUUGGGUGAUUUUCGAAUGGUAUUUGGUGAAAAUCCUAAAAAAGUGCGCAAUAUUGUGGACGGCAAUCUACAAAUGUUUCAGAAACUAUAUCAGCACCACAUUCGAAAUUCUCCGUUUAUCAUGCGUUCAAUCACUGACAGUAACACUUUGCUUGCUCAUAACAGUGAUUUAAAAGUUAGACAAACAAUAUUGGACGCACUUCCAUCUAAUGUGCUCGAGCGUCUAGCAAUUAAAUCGCGCAAGAGAAGAGGAAUUGACUCUCGGACUAUCACUAAAAAGCAAUUGCAACGUGUCAUUGCAUCUAUUGUAUUCCGUUCAAGUCGCUCGCAAAGUAUUAAGGGUAUCGCUACCGCUGGCUGUUUCAAAUCCAUUGUCUAUGUUUCUCAAAAGCUUAAACGUACCUACUUUAAUCACUUGAAAUGA